AUGAAGAGAUGGCUAGGAGCAGCAAAGCACAGUGCCUCGAGCUCGACACAUUCACUGAGCGCUCUUGAAGAGCCUCAGGCACUCGAAAAUGCCAUGGCUGCCGUGUCACACAUUCUCAACGACGAUGUCGAAACGGCAGAAGCAGAGUUGAGCAAGGGCAACUCGCCCUUCCACAAGUUGGGUCUAGGUGUUGCCGCCUUCCUGCGAGCAACCCUCGGCUUCGAGCAGGACAUUAUGCGAGAAGCCUCUGAACGCCUGGGACAAGCCGAAUCCGCCGCCUACGACCACAAACGCCGUGCCGACAAGGACGCCUACCAAUCUCAAAUCUAUCCACCGGGCAGCGAGUACGCCUUGUGUCUCGCCGAAUCACAACUAAUGUCCGCUGUUGUCGCUGUGCUGAACGAGAGUCUCUCGGAAAGUAUCAAGGGUUUCUACAAGCUGAGGAAAGCCUACGUCGCUUUGCAAGAGAUUUCUGAUGCUGAGAAGAGGUAUCUGAAAGGGAGAAGCUCGACUUCGGUCGGUAGUACAAGCACAAAGUCGACCGUCAACUCGGCUCCGUCUUUCGUCUCAGAGGCUCCUUCAACGUCUGGCCAAACACUUGUUGCUGCAGACGAGGACGACGAUGAUGAUUUCGUGGAUGCCGAUGAAGACCUUGCUGGUCCGGCCACUCCGACUACCUACCAGGGUCAUCUAGAGUCCAAAGAGCUGGAGUCCAAACUUGGGACUCUGUCUAUACGUCCUGCUUCGUCAUCUGCACAAACUCUUGCGGUACCUGUUGUCGAGGAGGAUGACUUCAGUGACUUUAGCAACCACCCCGUCGACCUGUUCAUUCAUUCUGGCUCCAAUCUCUGUUUCGGUCUUCUACAGUUGAUGCUCUCCUUGAUCCCACCAGCCUUUUCGAAGCUACUAUACAUCAUUGGUUUCCAAGGCGAUCGUGAGCUCGGCAUUCAGAUGCUAUGGCGCGCUACUCAGUACUCUAAUGUCAAUGGUGCCAUGGCGGGCUUGAUUACCUUGGGAUAUUACAACCUUACUGUGGGCUUCUGCGACAUUAUCACUUCCGAUGCCUACCCCAAGGAACGUUUGACUACUCUGCUGGUUCAGAUGCGCAAGCGUUAUCCUCAAUCACGCCUCUGGAGACUCGAGGAAGCAAGAAUGUUGGCAGCAGACAAACAGCUCGAUGAUGCUGUAAUCAUGUGCGGUACUGAUGAGAAGAGUCCUCUGAAACAGGUCGAGGCGUUACAGUGGUUUGAGAAGAGUCUUAACUUGAUGUAUCUGCAUAGAUAUGAAGAGUGUGCUACUUCAUUCUUGAAGUGCGUCGAGCUCAAUAAUUGGUCUCAUGGCCUAUACUACUACAUUGCCGGUGCAUGUUACGUCGAACUAUACCGCGAAGCCAAGUCAGUAGACGCAGGCAGAGCCAAAAAGUACGCAGAUCGGGCGACAGAACUUCUACGUAAAGUGCCUGUUCACGCAGGCAAGAAGAAGUUCAUGGCCCGUCAACUCCCCUUUGACACAUUUGUAACCCGCAAGAUUACAAAGUGGGAAGAACGCUCCAAGACCCGUGGCAUUGCUUUCGUCGACGCUGUAGGUAUCGCACCAGUGGAGGAGAUAAUCUACUUCUGGGCCGGCUUCAAGAGAAUGCGCAAGGAACACCUCACACACAGUCUAGAGCGCUUGGCCUGGAGCGAGCAAAACGGCUGUCACGAUAACGCAAUCGACGAACUGGCCACUUUAUCCUUACUCCGUGCUACAGUAACCCGCUGGCUCGGCGACACUGCAACAGCCCGUCAGAUCUUGGAAACCCAAGUCUUGAACCACGAAUGGAGUGAAUUCAAAGGUGGGAGUAAAGAUAAUUGGUCACUCCCCGUUGCGCAUUACGAAAUGUCCGUUAUCGAAUGGAUAGACGCGGGUGGUGAGAGAGGUGGUAGACAGCAAUUGGAAAAUUGCUCAAGAUGGUUGGAGAAGGCUGCGAAGUGGGAAGCGUAUGAUUUGGAUGCUAGGUGA